AUGAAAAAAAAGAUUACCUCGCUGUUCCGCGCGGUCAACCCGGAGCUCUUCAUCAAACCUAAUAAGCCGGUGAUGGCUGUGGGUCUGCUGAGCCUCACGCUGUGUGUGGGGUACCUGGGCUAUCUGCAUGCGGUCCGAGACAACCAGCAGCAGCUGUACGAGGCUGUGGACAGCCAGGGAGAGAGACACAUGAGGAGGAAGAGCUCCAGAUGGGACUGACUGACCAAACCACACCAGCAGCAGCAGCAGCAGCAGCUUCAUCAGCAUCAGCAUCGCUGCACUUCACUUGAUUGUGUUUAAGUGAUAAACAUGAUCUGGUCACCUCAGUGGAAGUGUUGCUCUUCCUCUGGUUCAUGCAGCAUGGCUUUACACACUUAUUUGGUCUCAUAAUCCUCUUAAUUACUAACCAACACUACUGCGAUACCUACUGGUUUGGGUAGAGUUGAAUGAUACAGCUGGGUUAAUAUGCAACACUAUGGCUUAUUUUGGGAAAACUGCCAAGUUAAUUACAUACACCUGAUCAAUGGGCCGUAACGUUGUAACACCGUGAAAGCUUUAAACAUGAUUUUAGAAUAUGCACAUCUGUUAAGUGGAGUAAAAGUCUGAAAUUAGCAUAUUUAUGUAUUGGGGUCAAUGACAAAUAAAAUCAUUCAUUUU